UAUCAAUCCACCAUUUCCUUGGUUACCAGAAUCCAAAGCUGAAAUAAGUAGGUCUACGGCUGAAAUUUUGACUAGGUGCUACAGAAGUAAGGCAAAGAACUGGUUUGAUCAAUUAGACGGUAGGUUUUUUGUAAGUACCUAGGGAGUGCGUCCACGCAAACACUCACGAUGCGCGAGAUUAUGCAUAUCCAGGUCGGCCAAUGCGGCAAUCAGAUUGGAUCAAAGUUUUGGGAAGUCGUAUCAGACGAGCAUGGCAUUGACCCUACCGGAAAUUAUCAUGGCGACUCUGACCUCCAGCUAGAGAGAAUCAAUGUUUAUUACAACGAGGCUGCAGGUGGACGUUACGUUCCUAGAGCAGCUCUGGUUGAUCUCGAGCCAGGAUCUAUUGAUUGGGUCAGAUCUGGUCGUUUUGGCACUAUAUUUCGCCCUGAUAAUUUUGUUUCAGGGAAGGGAGGAGCCGCAAACAAUUGGGCUAAAGGUCAUUAUACAGAUGGCGCUGAACUGGUGGACAGUAUUAUGGAGAUCGUACGAAAAGAAUCUGAGCACUGCGACUGCUUGCAAGGUUUUCAGCUGACUCACUCUCUAGGUGGCGGCACCGGCUCAGGUCUUGGAACUCUCAUCAUUAGCAAAGUCCGAGAGGAGUAUCCAGACAGAAUUAUGUGCUCUUACUCUGUAGUACCAUCGCCUAAAGUCUCCGACACAGUAGUAGAACCCUACAACUGCACGUUAGCCAUUCACCUGCUGGUGGAGAACACAGAUGAAACUUACAUCAUUGACAACGAAGCCCUCUACGACAUCUGCUUCCACACGCUUCGACUUGCCACACCGACCAACGGCGACCUCAACCAUUUAGUCUCUGCCACCAUGUCUGGCAUCACCACUUGCCUCAGGUUCCCCGGUCAGCUGAACGCCGACCUCCGCAAACUGGCCGUUAACAUGGUACCGUUCCCUCGGCUCCAUUUCUUCAUGACAGGCUUCGCCCCCUUGACGUCUCGCGGCAGCCAGUGGUACAGGAACUUGACGGUCCCUGAGCUGACCCAGCAGAUGUUUGACGCCAAGAACAUGAUGGCUGCUUGUGAUCCCCGCCACGGCCGUUACUUAACGGCUGCUACGGUGUUCCGGGGAAAGAUGUCGAUGAAGGAAGUAGAUGAACAAAUGCUGAAUGUUCAGAACAAGAAUAGUCGCUAUUUUGUAGAGUGGAUCCCAAACAAUGUCAAAACGGCCGUUUGCGACAUUCCCCCUCGAGGUCUGAAAAUGUCAGCUAUUUUCAUGGGCAACAAUACUGCCAUGCAGGAGCCUUUCAAGCGUGUGGGCGAGCAGUUCUCCGCCAUGUUCCGCCGACGUGCAUUCUUACAUUGGUACACAGGUGAAGGCAUGGAUGAGAUGGAGUUUACUGAGGCUGAGUCCAACAUGAGUGAUCUCGUCUCUGAGUAUCAGCAGUACGAGGAGGCCACAGUAGAGGAUGGCAUUAACUUUUAUGAAGAGGAGGAAGAGGAAGCAUAGCCCCCCCCCACACAUACACACGCACACCGCCUUUUGUCUCCGUUCCCUCCCCUAACGACCUUUUCCCAAAAUGUCUUGUAUCUCAAACUGUCCGAUCCAUCGCUAAGUCUGUGUGCCUAUAACAUCAGAGUGAUAGCAAGUUUUGAUAAAAACAUCCAGAAACAAAUAACAUCACUGAGGUAGUGAAGAAUGUUUAAUUGAAGUAAUCUUAGAAGUGAAACGUUUGAACUCUAGCCACAUACUGUGGAGCUCAACAGCUCAAUAUCGUGACUCAUUAAUGUUUACACUAUUGUCUAGACCUACCAAUGAACUCAAUAGAAUCAUCUUGUACAGGUCUUUAUACGGCCAGGAAAGGAGGGCGCUGUUUAAUAAUGUGCAUGAAUAAAUUCUAUUAAGUGUCUGCAUCUA